GGAGGAGGAGGAGGGUGUGGAUCUUCGGCGGCGAGGAGGAAGGUUGACCGAUAGAUCCACCGUGGGGUUUUGUGUUAAUGCAAAGCUGACUCGCCAUCGAUUAGCUUUCAUAAGAGAUGGCUUCAGUAGGGGUUGCUCCGUCUGGGUUAAAGAACAGCAGCGGCACCAGCAUGGGUGCUGAGAAGUUGCCUGAUCAGAUGAACGAUCUGAAGAUAAGGGAUGACAAGGAAGUUGAGGCAACGAUUAUUAAUGGCAAAGGAACAGAAACUGGCCACAUAAUUGUCACAACUACUGGUGGCAGGAACGGUCAGCCGAAACAGACAGUUAGCUACAUGGCUGAGCGUAUCGUAGGGCAAGGUUCAUUUGGGAUUGUCUUCCAGGCUAAAUGUCUGGAGACAGGUGAGACAGUUGCUAUCAAGAAGGUUCUUCAGGAUAAGCGCUACAAGAACCGUGAACUUCAGACCAUGCGCCUUCUUGACCACCCAAACGUUGUUGCUCUGAAGCAUUGUUUUUUCUCUACAACCGAGAAGGAUGAACUGUAUCUAAACUUGGUUCUUGAGUAUGUGCCUGAGACUGUUCACCGUGUUGUGAAGCAUUACAACAAGAUGAACCAACGUAUGCCACUUAUCUAUGUGAAGCUAUAUAUGUACCAGAUUUGUAGGGCAUUAGCUUACAUCCACAAUAGCAUUGGAGUUUGCCACAGAGAUAUCAAGCCUCAAAAUCUUCUGGUAAACCCGCAUACCCAUCAACUCAAGUUAUGUGACUUCGGGAGUGCAAAAGUUCUGGUCAAGGGAGAACCAAACAUAUCAUACAUUUGCUCCCGAUACUAUAGGGCUCCAGAGCUCAUAUUUGGUGCCACUGAGUAUACUACAGCAAUUGAUAUCUGGUCUGCUGGAUGUGUUCUUGCUGAGCUUAUGUUAGGGCAGCCUCUGUUUCCUGGUGAAAGUGGUGUAGACCAACUUGUGGAAAUCAUAAAGGUUCUUGGUACACCUACUAGGGAGGAAAUUAAAUGCAUGAAUCCAAACUAUACCGAGUUCAAGUUUCCACAGAUUAAAGCACACCCAUGGCACAAGGUAUUCCAUAAAAGGUUGCCUCCAGAAGCUGUUGAUCUUGUCUCUAGGCUGCUCCAGUACUCACCCAACCUAAGAUGCACUGCUGUGGAAGCACUUGUCCACCCGUUCUUUGAUGAGCUUCGAGACCCUAAUGCUCGUCUUCCGAAUGGCCGCUUUCUGCCUCCUCUCUUUAACUUCAAGCCUCAUGAAUUGAAAGGAAUCCCAUCAGAUAUUAUGGCAAAAUUGAUCCCCGAACAUGCGAAGAAGCAAUGCUCCUAUGCAGGAGUCUGAGAUGGCCGCAGUCGCAAUCCCCUGGAAAUUUCCAUGGCAAGUGCGCAUCCCCCCCCCCUGGACGAUCGAUGGAUCGUCAACAUAUGCGUGCAUGCUGGUUGAUGAAGAUGUGAAGCUACGCCUUUGUUGUAUGACCACCUUGUUGACCAGUGUAGUUGUGUAGCAGUAUGCUGUGAUGCAAAACCUGACAUGUAACCGGUGCACCCCUCCCCUACUAACCCUCACCCACAUGAGAAUUGAGAUUGCCAUAGCAGAUUCUGUAAUGUUAGUAUGUUCUAGAGCAGUUAAGAAUGUAUUUAUGGUAGUUGAUCCAUAUGUUGGGAUCGUCGUCUAUUUUCUUGGUUCUUUGUGCCCCAGACUGCUACCUGGUUUUAGAUUGUUCUGAAAAAUGCUACUACUACGGUACUACUGCCUGCCACCUUACUGUGCGCUUGUUUGCUC